GUUUUGUGGCAACGUGCCCCCCCCGACCUUCAACACCAACUCCAACCGCCUGCGCGUCACCUUCGUCUCCGACAGCAGCGUGGGCGCUCCAGGAUUCAGCGCCCGCUACCGCGCCGUGGCCCCCAGUGAGAAGAGCUGUGCCUGGGACGAGCAUCCGUGCGACCAGGGGCUGUGCCUCCACCUGGGUUUCGUCUGUGAUGGAUUCCACGACUGCAGGGACAAGAGUGAUGAGGCCAACUGCAGCCUGAAGCACAACGAGUGUGGAGGGCCACUGACUGCCUUGGAGGGGCACUUCUCCACCCCAAACCAUCCCCAGCCAUACCCACACCAGCAGCUGUGCCUCUGGCAGAUCUCAGUGCCCGUGGGCCAUGUCAUCGACCUGCACUUCCACAACUUCAGCCUGGAGUCGCACGAGGACUGCAGCUUUGACUUCGUGGAGGUGCACGACAGCGCGGGCACGGGGGCUGCCAGCCUCAUGGGCAGGUUCUGUGGCCACCAGCUGCCACCCACCCUGACCUCCUCGCGCCACGUCAUGACUGUCCUCUUCGUGGCGGAUGAGGGGGUAGCAGACGAUGGGUUCUUUGCCACCUACCAAGCCCACAAUGCCACAGAGAAGACCUGCAGCCCUGAGGAGUAUUCCUGUGGGAACGGUGAGUGCCGGGCGCUGGAGUCCGUGUGUGACGGCUGGCACGACUGCCCCGACGGCACCGACGAGCUCAACUGCACUGGGGUGUCCUACCCAGCCUUUGGGUCUGUCUGUGAGCCCGUGGAAGUGGAGAUGUGUCUGGGGCUGGGCUACAAUGCCACCUCCUUCCCCAACAUCUGGCUGACAAUCCCUGACCAGGAAGGAGCUGCUGAAGUGCUGCAGGACUACCAGACGCUGAUGGAACUGGCGUGUUACCAGCACCUUCGUCUGCUCAUCUGCAGCCUCUUCGUGCCCAAGUGCACCCCGGAUGGGGGUGUCCUGCAGCCCUGCAGAGCUGUCUGCCUGGCUGCUGAGCUGCGCUGCCAGCAGUCCCUCGGCCUCCUGGGCAUCCUCUGGCCCAUCAACUGCAACAUCCUGCCCGACUCCAAUGACCCUGUAGAGUGCUUCCAGCCCUGA